CCCCCCCCUCCUCCGCCCCCUGGUUGCGCCACAGCUGUUCAUGUCAGAUAAUUUAACGUUUUGUUUAGAUGGUGGGCAGCAAGAAGCAGGACAAACUUUACGUUUUUAAAGACAACUGAACAGGACAGAAAGCUGCCAUGGACUCAAAUUGGUCCCCAAUGUCAGGGGCCUCAAGAGGCUCUCCAAUGCAGGGGGCCACAAGAGGGUCCCCAAUAAUAGGGUCUCCAUUGGCAGGAGCUGCAAGGGGGUCCCCUGUAAUAGGGGCCUCGAGUGGGUCCCCGAUGACAGGUGCCUCAUGUUGGAUGCCUAUGUCAGGACCUGCAUGUGGGCCCCCGAUAUCAGGGGCCUCGUGUUGGUCCCCAAUGUCAGGGGCUACAAGUGCGCCCCCAAUGCCAGAGUCCGUAGGUGUUGCCCAAACUCCGGGGGCUUCUCAUUUUGCCACCAAAGUGGAGCUGACGAUCUCAUGUGAGAACCUGAUGGACAUGGACAUCUUCUCCAAGUCGGACCCUCUGUGUGCCGUCUACAUCAACACCUCGGGCUCCCGCUGGUACGAGUUUGGACGCACGGAGAUGAUCCUGAACAACCUCAAUCCAAAGUUUGCCAAGAAGUUUGUCAUGGAAUAUUACUUCGAGAUGGUGCAGAGGCUAAAGUUUUGCGUUUAUGAUAUUGACAAUAAAACUUAUGACCUCAGUGAUGACGACUUUCUUGGGGAGCUUGAAUGCACCCUGGGUCAGAUCGUUUCCAACAGGCAGAUGACUCGACCUUUGUUGCUGGAGGACAAGAGGCCUGCAGGUCAUGGGACCAUCACGAUCCGUGCUGAAGAAAUAACUGACACCAGAGUUGCAAACUUUGAGGUUUCAGCACGCUGCCUUGACAAAAAGUAUCUGUGGUGGUCCGACCCUUUCCUGGAGUUCUUCAAGCAGACAGAAACUGGCUGGCGGCUGGCUCACAGGACAGAGGUGGUCAAAAACAACCUUAGCCCCAUAUGGAGACCCUUCCGCAUCUCCCUGCGAGCUCUCUGUGGAGGAGAUGUGGAGAAACCUGUGAAGGUUGAUUGUUACGACUAUCGUGUAAACGGCUCCCAUGCCCUCAUCGGGACUUUUACAACCACGCUCGCAGAGAUGCAAACAGGAAGUCACGUUUGCCCAACAGAGCUUCAGUGCAUUAAUCAGAAAAAGUUGAAGAAGAGGAACUACAAAAACUCUGGGGUCGUCUGCUUUAAGCGAUGCGAGGUGGUGAAGGAGUUCACCUUCCUCGAUUACAUCAUGGGAGGAUGUCAGAUCAACUUCACUAUCGCCAUCGACUUCACGGGCUCUAAUGGAGACCCUCGAAGCCCUCAGUCUCUCCACUAUAUCAACCCUGAAGGAUAUAACGAGUACCUGACGGCCAUCUGGGCGGUGGGAAAUGUCAUCCAGGACUACGACAGUAACAAAAUGUUUCCUGUUUUCGGGUUUGGAGCCCAGAUCCCAAACUCCUGGAAGGUUUCUCAUGAGUUUCCCAUCAAUUUCAACCCGGCCAAUCCGUUCUGUGCAGGUAUAGAGGGUGUGGUGGACGCCUACCAGAAGUGUUUACCUCAGCUGAAGCUCUGGGGUCCCACAAACUUCUCUCCCAUCAUCAACCACGUGGUGCACUUCGCCCGACAAGCUCUCCGGCAGAACGUGGCCUCACAAUACUUUGUGCUGCUCAUCAUCACAGACGGCGUGAUCACAGACAUGGACCAGACUCGCACCGCUAUCGUCGAGGCAUCCCGACUGCCCAUGUCCAUCAUCAUCGUCGGGGUGGGCGAGGCCGACUUCGACGCCAUGGAGUUCCUCGACAGUGACGACAAGCUGCUCCGUGCUCCAAACGGUGACGUCGCCUCAAGAGACAUCGUCCAGUUUGUGCCCUUCAGGAGCUUCCAGGGAAACAGCGUGGCUCUGGCGCAGAGCGUCCUGGCCGAGCUUCCUGAUCAAGUCUCCUCCUUCUUCAACUCUUUCAAUCUGAAACCCCCGAAUGUUUAUAAUCUUUCUAACCCCUCCUAAAAGAAAAACUUGUAUGUUUCAGUCUGAGUAUCAUGUACGGCAGGCAGAGAAACAAUCAGUGUGAGACCUAAAAUACUAAUUUCAGAAAUAAUAGAAGUUUAUUGCGAUGCCCAGGAGGUGACAUGGAUGAAAGCGUGUAUGUUUUCUAUUUUGUGCACCUGUUUUAUUAUUUACUCGGGCCUCUUAGUAAUUUACACCUUCACAUUCACACACUGAUGGUAGAGGCUAUUGUACACAUUCAUACACCACUGACAAAGCAGCGGGAGCAACUUGGGGUUAAGUGUCUUGCCCAAGGAAGCAUCGGACGUGUUGCUGCAGGAGCUGGGGAUCGAACCCCCGACUGUCCAGCUGAGAGUCAACCAACUCUACCACUGAGGCACAGCCGCCCCUCCCCAUGUCUCCCCAUCUGCUCUCACACUUCUUGUGUGAGCAUCGCGGUGCGGCUGUUCCCUUUUUGUUUGUCCCAGUAUUUAAUUAUUUAUUUCAAUAAAUCUAAUCUUAAUUUUGCAUACAUCUCGUCUCGCCUCGCCAAUUUAUGUUGCAGCCCAAGAGCCGGACUUAUAAAGACCACAUUCCCACGGUGACUAAAAUCUAAAAUGUAUUUAUUUACUUAAAGAUGUACGAGCGAGUUGCUCAAACGCGUGCGCAAUCUAUGAAACGGGUGCGAGAAACAGAAAGCGCACGUACCUUUAAAAAAAUAACAACAUGGGGCAUCUUGGCUUAGUGGUUAGUGUGCAAGCCCCGUGUGUGGAGGCUGUAGUCCUCCAAGCAGGCGGCAUGGGUUCGAAUCCGACCUGUGGCUCCAUUCCUGCGUGGCGCUCCCUGAUUUCUGACUCCAUCCACUGUCCUGUCUCUGCAAUGAAGGCACAAGAAGCCCCAAAAUAAAUCUUUAAAAAAUAACAACAACAACAACAUGUCAUCACCUCUUGGUCUCCAUGGAAGAAAAACAACCUUCAACGCUGUUACGGCUUUUACGUGACAACCCGGAGCUGAGAUGAGCUCUCAUUGAGAUGUUUUAUAUUUUCAAGGGUCCUGCUUUGAGUUGCUUGCUACCCGCCAACGGUUUGGCUGCGAUGUUGUUGAGUGUCUGUGGCUAUGAUUGUAACCCUCCUGGUAACGUCAGUAAACACUGACAGAAAAAAAAAUAUGAUUGAAAGUAUAAAUGUUUGAGAUGUAUCUUGAUUUAAAGAGCAUGAUGUUGAAUGUUGGAUUAAAAAUCACUCAAUAAAUAAAGAUAUACUUAUUAAUCAGAUGACUAACCACAAAAUAAACCUGUAAUUAUUUUAAUUUGUGCGUAAAAUAAACAUUAUAUGAUGACGUGUAAAGUGCAUGAUGACACCAUGAAUGUUUUAUUAAAGUCAUUACUUUUCUUAAUAUUUAUUUGAAGUGAGCUCUUAAUGUCUGUGCUAUAUGUGUCAGUUUGUCCAGAGCGGUGAGCAUUUUGCUCUUCAAGCUUGAGCUUUGCCUUGAUUUUUUUAAACUCUCGACUGGCUCACAGGGAAUAUUUGUAAGCAUGAAUAAAAUGUUUAAUUUGAUUUACAGCUGACAAGUGAUGUACAAUCAUCUGCUGCUAUACGCUGGGGGAAAAAGGGAUUAUUUGUGUAAAAUAUCCGUUGAUCUAUCCGAGCUGUUUUUCUACAUUUACAAAUUAAUAUAUAUUAAAAACUUAUUAUAUGUGCUAAUUUAUGCAUCUGUCAAUAAAACCAUUGAAUCAA